AUGUUUUCGAAGAUUGCUAAAUACGGAUUUAAUUUGUUGAAUAUAAAAAAUUAAAACUCCACAUUUUAAACAGUAAAAAGAUCAUUUUCAUAAAAAUCUGACUAGGUCUUUCUAAACGAGACGUAGUUUUUUAAGAAAGAUUAAAUGCUGAUUGUUUACUAAAGUAAGGAAGGGACAUUUUUUAGAGCUUUCUCUGCUGUUUUAGGAGGUCUCAUGACUUAUAACAUCUACUCUUACUUUACCUAAGAAGAUGAAAGCGAAAAAGACAGCAGCCUUCUUCUAGGAAUUAUAUUUGGAACCACAUUUUUGGUUAUGUAGUGGAAAAUCAACAAAACAUUAAAGCAUGUUUAUCUUGAUUCGAAUGGAAGAACAGUUGUUUUAGAUUUUUUUAAACACGCAGGAUUUGGAAAUGAGUUAGUUCAUACAGAAACACUAAACAUGGGAGGUUACAACUACUUCAUUCACUAAUUCACUUAAGUUCCUAUUUUCAAAUACAGAUAUGGAGGAAAAAAGAGAUUUGGAUUUCUUAAGUGGUCUUAAGCAAAUGAUAUCGAAAUACUUAAAAAUAUCUUUUAGAAAAAAACCUUUUUAAUAGGAGAUAAUCCUUACGCUUCUAAAAUAUCUAACACUUACAAGAAGAAACACCAAUGA